AUGGUUAACCUCGAGGUCCCCGACAACUACACCUUUUCGGUCUCUCCCGGAAGUCUUCAACUGACCAUCAACCAUGAGGUCGCGGCGGACCUAGACUCGACCAACGCCUUCGAGGGACCCGAGAAGCUCCUUGAAGUCUGGUUCUCGCCGAGCCCGAAUGCCCUCCCCGCCGGUGUCAAGGAAAAUGGGCUAAAGGCAGUGAGCCCGUCCACUUGGGAAGGGAUGCUAGACAUGGUCAACUGCAAGGUCCUGUCGAUCGUCAAGUCGGACCAUGUUGACGCAUACCUCCUUUCCGAAUCCAGCAUGUUCGUCUUCCCUCACAAGAUCAUCCUCAAGACUUGCGGAACGACGACCCUGCUGCUGGGACUUCGCCGUCUCCUUCGCAUCGCGGCUGUGGAUGCCGGCUUCCCCUUCCACAACGCCGCGUCGCUGGACGAUAUCCAUGUCGCUGCCACUCCGCACCGCGUUUUCUACAGCCGAAAGAACUUCCUCUUUCCGGAUCGCCAGCGCGGCCCCCACUCGAGCUGGAAAGAGGAGGUCAAGUUCCUAGACGACACGUUCGAAAAUGGCAGUGCGUACAUGGUCGGCAGAAUGAAUGCCGACCAUUGGUAUCUGUACAUGACGUCUCCGACGAACACGACGCUGACCCCGCCGUUGACUCCACGUUCGAGCAACCAUGGAAGCCCUGUCCGAAGUUCCAAGAUCCCGACUGGCUUGGUCUCGCCCUUCGGCGUAGCUGUGGACGACCAUGCUGACGAGACGCUCGAGAUUCUGAUGAUGGACCUCGAUCCUGAGCUUGCGAAGCAGUUCUACCUGGAGCAGGCGAGUGCGGUCGCCAGUGAACGGGUGCCUGCUAAAGCUCAGGAAGCACGUCGUUUUGCUCAUGAUAGCUUGGGCGACAUCGAUUCGACUGUUGAUGUCUUCGCCAACUGCGGAGAGUCCGACAUUUUAGGGGACACAGGAGCUCCCGAUGCCGAGCCGACAGCUAUUGAGGCUAUGACCACCGAGGGGCAUGCGCUCGGAACCGUCGUGUCCGAUACGUGUGGCCUAUCUCAGGUGUACCCUGCUUCGACCUACCCUGAUGCGAUCAUCGAUGCCUAUUUGUUUUCGCCUUGCGGUUACUCCGCCAAUGGUGUAGUUCCGGCCCCGGGCGUCAGUGCGGAUGAUACUGGCAGCAAGCCCGCCCAUUACUGGACCGUCCAUGUGACGCCGGAGCCAAUCUGCUCCUACGCCUCGUUCGAGACGAACGUGCCGAGUGGUCAGAGCGGCCGCCAAACCUCGGAUGUCGUCGAACAUGUUGUUAACAUCUUCCGGCCUGGCCGCUUCACCAUGACCUUCUUUGAGGCAAAGAACAAGCCCACGGACGAGGAUGCUCCAUUCCAGGCGCCCCUUGUGUCGGGCGUCAACAAGCGGAUGGAUCGCAUCAAGGGAUACCGCCGCAUGGAUCGCAUCGUGCACGAGUUCGACGACUACUAUCUUGUCUUCCGCUACUUCGAGCGCGAGGGGUGGGUUGGUGAUAAGGGAGCCAGAGUUGGUGAGGAUCUCUAG